AUGAGCACCUGCAGCUUCACCUUUGAUGGCAACUGUUGCUACCGCCUACCGACCAGAUCUGAGGGGGCUCGGCCUCCUGCCUGCUGCCGACGGGAUCUGAGGAGGGCCUACUGGGCGACGAGCACCGGAGUCAGAGGAGGGCCUACUGGGCGACCUGUACGUGUUGGAGUCAGCGGAGGGCCUGCUGGGCGACGUGCGCCAGAAGCCCGGAACCGGAGGGCGAGUUACCGGACACCGAGCUUGCACUCCGACGCGGGCCGCAUGGGCCAAGCUUCCUGCUGCGACGCCUCACGCCUCCUCGCACCUCCUGCAGCAGAGCCGCACCGCCGCCGCUACCCAAGACCCGUCGUGGCACGUGUAUCUGGCUGCGCCGAUGCCGGGGGCCACGCAUCUGGCGUCGUGGUGGGGAGGCGCCGCCGCGAGCCGUGGUGGGGAGGGGCGCCGGGAUGCAGCGCGGCCACGCGAGGUGCCCGGACCCCAUCUACACGUAGAUGCGGGAGACGAGGGGCGAGUCGAAGUGGACGACCUCCCGUAUGGGAUUUUCGUUGCGCCAGGCCCGCUUCAGCACCGGACCUCCCCUUCCUGAGCCACAGUUGGCCCUGA